GCUGCUGCCUUCCAGUCAGCUUUCCAACAUGGCUCAUGUUUAACUUGACUUGCCGCAGAUUUCUUAGUUUAGUUUACUUUUGGUGAUCAAACCAGUCUCCUGAAGAAAAGAAGUCAUGGGUUUGUCGCAGAGUUCGGAUGGUCCUGAUGGUGGGAACGAAGGCUAUCACGUGCAUGGGGUUCAAGAAAAUUCACCGGCACAAAAAGCAGGACUGGAGCCAUACUUUGAUUUCAUCAUUUCUAUUGGACACACGAGGCUGAAUCAAGAGAACGACAUGCUAAAAAAUCUGCUAAAGGCCAAUGUUGAGAAACCUGUGAAGCUGGAGGUGUACAGCAUCAAAGCAAUGAAAGUUCGAGAACUUGAAGUGAUUCCUAGUAAUAUGUGGGGAGGCCAGGGUCUGCUGGGAGCCAGUGUUCGAUUCUGCAGCUUCCAAGGAGCCAACGAACAUGUGUGGCAUGUACUGGAUGUGGAAGCCAGUUCUCCAGCAGCACUGGCAGGUCUGCAGCCAUUCACAGAUUACAUAGUGGGAGCGGAUCAGGUGAUACAAGAUUCUGAAGAUUUUUACUCUUUGAUUGAAUCACAUGAGGGGAAGCCUCUGAAACUACUGGUGUACAACACAGAGAGCGAUCACUGCAGAGAGGUGGUCGUGACCCCGAAUGGGGCAUGGGGUGGUGAAGGAAGCCUGGGUUGUGGAAUUGGAUACGGCUACUUGCAUCGCAUUCCGACUCGACCAGUGUUGCCUAAAAGUUCUGAGCCAAAACCUCCUUCACCACUGCCUGAAGACACUGUUUUAACCACAGUACCAAGCAGCGGCUACACAGAGGUCCCAUUGGUUGCCCCUUCAGUCCAACAAGAAAAUGAGGAGGGAGCAGUUCAGGGUGAGCUUUUGUCUGGCCUGUCAAUUGAAGACGCCCCUCUUCCACCUCCAAUUCAACGUGUGAUGGACCCAGGCUUUAUAGAUGAGUCUGGACUCCCCUUUCCUGAGGUGACUGGUGUGACCCCAAUGUUUGAUGUUUCUUCCUCGUCUUCGCCUGCUCUUGACUUAAAUAAUACCUCUCUGUCAGUCUUAAACAAUGAGCAGCUUCAGCCCUCUGUUGGUGAAUCGGAGAAGCCAGCGGUGGAUGAGCCGCCGUCAUUUCCAGUGCUGACAUCAGAGGAGUCAAAAGGAAUAUCUGAAUCGGAGCCUACUUUAGAUUCAGCAUUUAUACUUCACAGCAGCCCCCCUCAAGACAUGACCCAAGGCUCUGGACAUUCAGAAGCACAUACAGAGGCACUCCUUGAGCCGACUGAAGAGGAUAUGAUAAACACUGAAUUUACUAAGACGAUUGAAACACCCGCAGAUGUUAAUGUGCAAUAACCUGAGGUCUGGUCACUGUAUGAAAACGAUGAAACACACUUUCAGUAAUGAUUAACUAGCUUCAGGGUGUUCUUUAGUACUAUGCUAGUGGUUUCGCUUACUUUUAGCGAGCUCAGAAUGGAUGGGAGGAUUAUCCUGUUUUACUAUUUUUACUAUGAUCGAAGGUGGUGGUUUCUUAUCUUUUUACCGUGUCUCGGUGGUAAGAAGUGCUGAUACCCUCUUCCUAAAAUAUUACACUGUCUAAGGUGAAGAAAAGGCUGAUUAAAUUGAUCAAGAAAAUGAACGUUGCUCCCAUUGUGGGAUCUGCUGCUUUAACUAAAUAUCACUGGAAUGUGGGUAUGUUUGUUAUUGCUUAAGAAAUAUAAAAAAUACUUGGAAUGGCAAGGCAGUGGAGAAGAUCUGUGAGAAAUUUUCAUGAAUGUCUGAUGAUCUGAGUAUAUGGUUUACGGAAUUUGGAGGUUAGGGUUACUAAUAUUUUUUUAUGAAUUUGCUUUUUUAAUGUUAAUUUAUAUGCACUAUUAAAAUUUUAUUUGGGAUUGGCUGUAUCAUAAGUGUAGUGAAAGGCAUUUAGUGUUUGAGUUCCGUUUUGUUUUUCGGUAUUUUGUACUAACUGUUUUAAAAUUCUGAAAGCCAAAGUUCUUAACACUACAAAAGAAAAAAUGUUUACAUUGUUAAUCAACCUCAGUAAAAAUCCUCAAUUUAUUUAAGGGACACUGAAGAAGCAUCAUGGUAAAGUCGUGCAUAUUGUUUUACAUCAAGGUUUUAUCCCAAAGAGCUUUGGCUAGUAUUUAAAAUAGGUCCGUGUUCUGAGCUGGUAAAGGUUUACGUUUAAAUUGUAAGAUACCAGUAUUGUUUUUUGAAAUUCAAAACCUUCACAUUGGUAAAGAAUAGAAAAAUUAAAGUGAAAGCAUACAUUUUAGGACAGUGAGGUUAAAAUUUUUGUUAAGAGUAUAUACAUGUACAUUUUCUGUUUCUGAUUAAAUGAUCAAAUCAGUUUUCAUUUCUGGAUAUUCCUUUCUGUACAUGUUAAAUACUGUUGGCAGAAAUGCUUAGUUUGUGUUUCUCUUAAAUUUCUGUCGAACAUACUUGUGACAUUAGAGUGAUAUAAAUUGGCAUUGGUUUAGUAUUUAGUGGCAUAGCCCUUAAAACAAUAAGCAGGGAUGUCAUCACAUUCCCAAUAUACUCAUUUUAUUGACUUCAGAUUCCUCUUGAAUAUCACACUCAAUAGGAAUUAAAUCUCAGAUUUAAAAUAUUUCAUUUUUUCUUUUUGAUGAAAUGUAUCUGAUUUUUAUGGAAAGGAGAACUGUACCCCCCAAAGAGUACAGAACAUCUUUUAACCAUGAGUUGAAAAGGUUGUUCUGUAUGUUUCAUCAUUUAUUUCGAUCCUGCUGCUGACUGACAUCAUCGAUAAAGACCCGAGAAUCGGUUCCAUAGCCAUGUGUAAACAAACAAGUGACGGCAAUAUCUUCAUUCAUGUGCUUCAUACAUAAGGUACUGUGGACUGGAUCAUUUGAAGCUUCUGUCUUUCUUCAGUGUUCCACCUUUCUUUCACAAACACAUAUUUCGAAACUCUACCCAUUCAUUUUUGUGUUUCUUUGUAGCCUGUUUUGCAAAUAGUGAACUUUAAUAUCUUCACACAUGCAGUCACUUUGGUUUUUAUGUCAGGAUUUUCAUUCAUGUUUUUCAUCAGUUACUGGUAGCUUACUUGCAUGACCAAACCAUUAGCACAUUACAACAAUUUUGACAAGAGCAGGCCAUUCAGCCCAGCAAAGCCUGCCAGACCUUAUUCACCUAACUUCUCCAGAAUAACAUCUAGUCAGGUUUUGAAGGCCCACAAAGGUCUUCUGUCUGCCACACUACAUGCUAACAUAUUGCACAUGUCUGCGGUCUUUUGUGUGAAGAAAAACAUUUUUAGAUUUGUUCAAAAUGUACCCAAUGAUGAUUACUUGUAUUACAUGUAUAAACCUCCUCUAUGAACACAUAUUUAAAUUGGCUCAAUUAAAAAUCAUCUUACAUAUACAGUAGUUGAUUAUUUAGAUAUUUAUUUUACUUAUCUUAAGAAAUGCUAUUUUGUUCUAAGCAAAGUUCUGGAGCUAAAAGCAAAACUUCCUUAACAUUUUCUUCUAAAUCUGGAUAGUAGCAGCACUUUUAUCACUACAUAAAGAAUGCAAUAUAGAACACUUGGACUAUUACAAAUGCAUAUUUGUAAUCAUUGUCACUGAAAUUAUGGGAGUCAAGUACAGAAAAAAAAAGACUGACCUAACAGUGUUUGACAUGUUAAGAGGGUGUAUGCACACAAAUGAAAAAGGACAUGCUAUAGUUUUACUUUCUGUUCAUUUUCUGGUUUCAGAUGAUAAUGAUUUUACUUCAUUGUCCUAAUACAUAUAGAGAGUAGAUGUCUUAAAGAUUUAAUAUUUUUGGAAGAAGUAUCAUUUUUAAUAGUUUUGUAUUUUUAAUAUUUGUAAUGUUUUACAUUUUCUUAUAUUAGCCUUGAAGAUAAUUAAUUAUGCAGGUGAUAUCUAAUUUAAGGGUUUGUCAUAAUUUAUUUUCAUCAUUCGACAUUGAAAAGGACAUUGUGAAUGCAUAGGAAGAAUCAAGAUUUGUACAAUUUUUAUUCAGAUUACUAAAGUAGACUUUAAUAUAUGUAUCAAAGGAUUAAUUUGUUGUAAUAGUUCAAAUAAUGUGUUUAAAAAACGAAAAAGUGUAAUAAGCUGUCUUCAACCAAAGGCUGCUACUUGAUCAUUUUAAAGUAUUGCCCAAAAAUAUUAAAAUAAAUAAUAAAAUUAACUUUGUUCUUG